AUGGCGUGACAAUGCGUCUUCUCUGCCCGCUUCUCAUUGGUCAGCUGUUCUACUUAAAUUAGACUUUAUGUCGGAUUACAUAUAGGUUUAGUCGCGCCUGCAGAGCACGCUGGAGACUACAGAGAUGAGUUCAACCAUUACUAUUGAGUGUACUAGGAGCAAGGUCACAAAUGGCCACACUGAUGAGGAUGAAGUGGACCUGGACCGUUCGUUAGGCGAGCACUUCCUCUCUGAGGCUGUCAAGGUGAUCCUCGAGGAGGCGGUUCAUAAAGCUACAGAUGUGAAGGAAAAGGUGUGUGAGUGGAAGGAUCCCGACCAAUUAAGGGAUCUUUUGGACUUGGAGCUGAGGGAAAAUGGGGAAUCUCAUGAAAAGCUGCUGCAGAGAGUACACAACAUCGCCAAAUACAGUGUAAAAACCAGUCACCCUCGUUUUUUCAAUCAGCUCUUCGCUGGAGUGGACUACCAUGCCCUGACUGGACGCCUCCUCACUGAGACACUCAACACCAGUCAGUACACCUACGAGGUGGCUCCGGUCUUUGUUCUGAUGGAAGAAGUGGUCCUCCGCAGUCUGCGCUCCCGAGUAGGCUGGUCUGAGGGGGAUGGUAUAUUCUGCCCAGGAGGCUCAAUUUCUAACAUGUAUGCCAUGAAUGUGGCUCGAUAUUGGGCGUUUCCACAGGUGAAGAUGCAAGGCAUGUGGUCUGUCCCACGUCUGGCUGUGUUCACAUCGCAGGAGAGCCACUAUUCCAUGAAAAAGUCGGCUGCUUUUCUUGGCAUCGGGACAGAGAACAUUUACAAUGUGAAUGUAGAUGAAAGUGGCAGAAUGAUCCCAGAAGAUCUCGAGGCUAAAAUUGUUCAUGCCAAAUCACAAGGUGCUUACCCGUUCUUCGUGAAUGCCACAGCUGGCUCCACUGUUCAAGGAGCCUUCGACCCACUGGACCGCAUAGCUGACGUCAGUGAGAGGAACGGAAUGUGGAUGCAUGUCGAUGCUGCUUGGGGAGGAAGUGUCCUGUUUUCCAAGAAGCACAAACAUCUAAUAGCAGGAAUUGAAAGGGCAAACUCUGUAACCUGGAAUCCACAUAAAAUGCUGAUGACUGGCCUUCAGUGCUCCGUCAUUCUGCUGAGAGACACGACGAAUCUUCUGAUGCACUGCCACUGCGCCAACGCCACCUACUUAUUCCAGCAAGACAAGUUCUAUGACACACGUUUGGACACCGGGGACAAGUCCAUCCAAUGUGGACGCAAAGUGGAUUGUCUGAAACUGUGGCUGAUGUGGAAGGCAACAGGCUCGCAGGGCCUCGCUGACCGGAUUGACAAGGCUUUCGCCAAUACAAGGUAUCUUGUUGAGGAGAUGAAGAAAAGAGCAGGUUUUCAGCUGGUUUCUGAGCCGCAGUUUGUGAACGUGUGCUUCUGGUUUGUGCCACCCAGCCUGAGAGGAAAAGAGAAUGACACCAUUUACCAGGAAAAAUUAGCCAAGGUGGCACCACUCAUCAAGGAACGCAUGAUGAAACGUGGCUCUAUGAUGGUGGGUUAUCAGCCACUGGAUGGUCGGGUAAAUUUUUUCCGCAUGGUCAUCCUUUCUCCCCAGCUGCGACACAGCGACUUGGACUUCUUCCUCGACGAGAUUGAGAGGCUGGGGAAAGAUCUGUAAAUGAGCUCCGGGUGCCGUUGAUCAUUCGUUCUUUAGUCAUUGUCCAUCAUUGUUCUUUUCAGAGGCACCCUUUAAGGUGGCCCUCGAUCACCUUUAGAUUUUCUUAGACAAGCAGUGGGUUUCAUAAAUCAGUUUGUAAUUUAGCCGGAACAGGAGCGGUGCUUGGCUGAUAAGAUUCAGGACCACUGACUUAGAACGAAGUUUUUAAGAAACAUUGCUGGUGCUUCUUUUAUUCAUCACUUCCUGUUCGACCUUCUUUCAUUCUUCUACUCUGGCUGUGGACUUUGUCUUCCAGGAUCUCACCACUGUUUGACUUUUAAAACAGACCUCCCCUUGUGUUUGUUCUAUCUUUUUCUCACUCUCUCGCUCUCUGUCUCACUGUCUUUCCUUCCCCAGUUCCUCAAAAUCCUUCUUUAAGUGUCUUAGAAGAAUUGCUGGAGCUUCUUUAAUUCACUUCCUGUUCAGCCUUUUUCCCAUUCUUCUUCUAUGGACUUUGUCUUCCACUUUCUUCCAACUUUUCUAAUUAAACAAAACAUUUAAUGUAGGUCAAUUUUCAUACUUUUAUUUUUAUAAUAAUGGGAAAAAGGCACCGUUUCUUAUAGUCAAUAACCUCCUGACAAUGAUCCUGAAGUUUUUUGAGACAGAUCAGGUCUGAGCAGUUUAUAAGGUAUCCGUGCACUUUAUAGAGAUAAAAUCAUAUAGACAGAGAAAAGUUGUUCACAGCAACUGGGCUACGAGGAGGAAUUGUUCACCUCUGUGGUAUUUGUCCCUGAAGACUGUAGAUAAUGAAUAUAUAAUGAAUAGAGAAUGUAUAUUAAUGUAUAUUAAUGCAACAUAUCAUAAGAGACUUCAAUAGAAAAAUCGGGUUUGGAAUAAAUUGGCGACAGAACGUAAUGAAUUAGUUAUAGCUGUUUUUUUUGUUUGUUUGUUUGUUUUGGGGGUAAACAUUAACUUUUGAUACUUAAGUGCAUUUGCAUACUUCUACAUUUUCUUCUUUUUUUUUUUUUAAGAAAAAAAGCAUCUUGAAUGUUUAACCACCGUUUCAAGUGUAUUAAAUAUGGCUAAUUAAUGUAAAUUGGUUGUAUAAGACUUGUUGUAAUCUGAUAUAUAUCCUGUUAUAACUAUAUAUCCCCUUACAUAUUACUGUAUUAAAUAUUUAAA